UUCGUUUGCAAAUUAGUUGUCAAACAGUUUUCACUUGCAAAACAUUCCAACAUGAAAUACUUCGUAAUUUUACUCGCCGCCUUGAUCGGUGUUAGCCAAGCUACACCCUACAAUCAAGCGUCUGGCGUCAUUGAAUUGGACUGGCGCGGCAAUCUGCAACAGAAUCCCAACUACUAUGUCAGCCAGAAUCCCGUCUCCUGGUUCGCCGCCAACUACUUCUGCUACUCGAACGGCUGGUCACUGGUCGCACCUAAUAGCUUUGUUUCCGACAUCCAAUUGAAAGGCUUCAUUGAACUCUUCGCUCUGACCCAAAAUAACUACUGGACUGCUGGCAACCGUUUGGCCAACCAGACAACAUGGCUCUGGGGUCUUACCGGCAAGAAAUUCUCCUUCACCAACUGGGGUGUCAACGAGCCAUUGGUUGAUGGUAACUGCUUGCUUGUGCAAACCAACACCACCGAUAUUUUGUGGGCCAACCAAGAUUGCGCUGUGCAGAACAACUUCAUCUGCCAGAAGAAUUGAAUUCACACGAGAAAUGAAUAGUUUUAUUAAAAUUUGCUGAUAUGUAUGUAUAUGAUUCGUCACAAAAAAUAUAAAAAAAAAAACAAUAAAUAUUAAUUAACCUUUAGCAGA